GGGGCCGUUUGACGGUCCGUUCUCGACCGGUGGCCGUGUGCCGCUGCCGCCAGUGUCUCGUUGAACGCGAACGUAAGCGCGACACGCGCCCAAAUUUUUUACCCGGAGACCGUCUUGCUAUAUAGACUGUGCCGGGUUUUCUUCACUUUCCAUUCCUUGAAUAAAUCGAAAUUUUAAUUUAUAAAUAAAUUCACUUAAUUCCUUAAGCAAAUUUUAUCAAUGAACAUGAGCGUUUUAACGCUCAUUAUAAAUUUAUUCACCUGAAAAAAAAUUAAAACAAAAAAAAUGAUUUUCAAAAAAUAACAAACAAUCGAGUGUUGAGUGAAGUGUUAAUUUUUUUUUUUUUUAAGACAAUUAGAAAAAUUAUAUUUCAUAGACAGUGCAAAUUAAAUGUUUUCGUGAUAGAAUCUAUAUAUUAUAUAUAUAUAUUUAAAAUAAUCAUAGUAAUAAUAAAGCUGUGCAAUGGAGUACCAACAAUUAGUGUCACCAGCAGUUACUGUUGUGCAGCAUGCAACCCACCACCCCCAACCGACAACACAACCACAAUCACAACAGCAACAACAGACCCAUCAUCAGCAACAACAAAACCAAUCACAAGUUACAGUACCACCCUCGCAUCCUCAUAUCGUCCUUGCACCUGCGCAUCAACCCCAGCAGCCGCAGCCACCGCCUCCAAAUUUGCCUCCACCUACCACACACGCGCACCAAUUGCAUCCACCCUUACCGCCUAUACACGACGACAGUACCAGUUCACGGUGGACACAGUACCAACACAUAUGGCGGCAACAUCACGUUUAUAUUAAUGGUAAACAAAAUAAAGAUGGACCAGAAGAAAAAAAAGACGCGGAUGGUGAAUUAUGGGGCAAUGUGGAAGCACAAGCCGCCUUUCUUGGUCCCAAUUUAUGGGACAAAACUCUGCCUUACGAUGCCGACCUGAAGGUAUUAAAUCAUUAUGUGGAUCUGGACGAGUUUUUAUCAGAGAAUGGUAUACCUGUUGACGGAGUGGGCGGUGGUGUACAAGGUACCAUGCAGCCUGGUCAGUUACACAAACUUAAUAACGCAAAUGAAGCUGCGAGUCAUCAAGGACCUGCUGGAUUACAUCUUGAACCAGUUACCAAACGUGAAAGAUCCCCCUCACCCAGCGACUGUUGUUCGCCUGACACACUCAAUCCACCAUCACCUGCCGACUCGACGUUGUCGAUGGCGUCAUCGGGACGAGACUUUGACCCAAGAACACGGGCAUUCUCCGAUGAGGAACUUAAACCACAACCGAUGAUUAAGAAAUCUCGGAAACAGUUUGUGCCGGAUGACCUGAAGGAUGACAAAUAUUGGGCACGUCGUAGGAAGAAUAAUAUGGCUGCUAAAAGAUCGCGAGAUGCGCGUCGUAUGAAGGAAAAUCAAAUUGCUUUGAGAGCUGGUUUUCUUGAAAAAGAGAAUAUGGGACUGCGACAAGAACUUGAUCGAUUAAAAAACGAAAAUAUGUUACUGCGUGAUAAAUUAAGUAAAUACACGGAUGUUUAACAGACGGUCAAGUUUAAAUCAUCAUCUUGACCAGAUAAAUAAAUAAAUAUAAUAAAUAAUUAAAUAGACUCUAGGCGUACGAGGAGGAAUCCAUCCGCUUAAGAAGAGUAUCGAAAACAUUAUCAAGAAGAUGAAGCAAGCUGAAGUGAUUCUGGACAAUUUUUUCCUGCCUAAAGAUCUCCGUGUCAAUUCUCCGUUCCUAAAAAAUCCCAGCUCCUUUAGAAAUAAUUUUUUUAAAAAACCACCUCUAGACCAUCCCGAGAGAUGACGAGAAGAAAUGAUGAUGAUAAUAAUUAAUAAAAAUAAGAAGAAGAAGAAGAAGUAGAAGAGGAACAAGAGUUUUAGAUUAUUGUAGAAAAAAUUGUCAAGAAAUCUUGAAGUUUCUUCAUCAUCGUCGCCUCACUUGUACAUAGUUAUAUAUGUAUAGUUAGAUUAUAUACGUCAUUGGAUGUCAUAUAUUUGCAGCUACGAACAAUAUUAAAAACUAAAACUUUAAAAUUAUUAUAAAUGAAAUGAGAGCGAGAGUGAGCAAGGAGACAGGGAGAGAUGAGCGCGUGUGUGAAUGUGCCGUCAAUUUUUUUUUGAUCUUUAAUUAAUUUAAAAAACAACCACUAAAAAUCAUGAUUUAGUUCUCAAUAGAUCAAUCGAUUAAUUAAUUAUCCAAUAUCAAAUAAUUUAUUAAUUAAUCAAUUGAUCGAUUAGCAGCUUGUUCAUUUAAAUUAAAAAAAUCGGACACAUUGUUACCAUAAUAAAUCAUUUAUAUAUGAGAAUUUAUACAUGCAGAUAUGUAGCGAAUAUAGUAAAAGUACGUAGACUUAAAUAACUAAAAACUGCACGAAUGCAAAGGUUGUCUCAAAAAAAUAAUUAAAAUAAAUCAGUUAAUUGAAAAAAAAAAAAUAAUGAUUGUAUUUGUACGGUAAUUGGAAUUUUUUACGUCCAGAUUUGCAGUUUUUUAAAAAAUGAUAUUUAAACAUUUAAAUUAAGAUAUUAAAAUUAUUAAUUAUUAAUUAUUGUUGAGACAAUUGCUAAAUAGCAACAAAAGUGAUUAAAAAAUAAUAAUAAUUAAUUAUAGAUUGAAAAGGUAAUACAAGAGU